AUGACAAUCCCCACGACCCUGCCCGGUGACGAACCCGACGCCGCACCAGGAAACAUCAUAUUUGAUGUAUCUCCCGCCCCCGCCGGCGCGCCAGUCGACACCUGGUCGCAGGAACGAUUGAUUUCGGCCGGGGGUUUGGUAUUCCGGGAAGCGGCCGGCCGGAUUGAGACCCUUUUGUGUGCGCGCAACCGUCCGGGAUUCCAGGGGGCGGACGCUCCGUUGAGUUGGCGGUUGCCCAAGGGCACUCCCGAAACCGGCGAAAGCGUGGAACAAACGGCCCGGCGCGAAGUGCAGGAAGAAACCGGCCUUCAGGUAACCGUGUUGGCUCCCAUUACCAGCAUUCGCUAUUACUUCGUGGGCCACAAUGACGGUGUUCGCUACGACAAAACCGUCUAUUUCUAUCUGAUGGAACCGUCGGGGGGCAGCACUUCCGACCACGAUUCCGAGUUUGAUGUGGUUGAGUGGUGUGAGUAUAACCAGGCGCUGGAAAUGCUGGAGUACGACAACGAACGCAGCGUGCUGGGAGAGGCUCUGUCACUCAUCGAAACCUAUCGACGGAGCGGGCAGCCAUGA